CCCAAGGCAACCAUGGCCACCAUCCCAGACUGGAAACUCCAGCUGCUAGCCCGGCGCCGGCAGGAGGAGGCAGCAGUGCGUGGCCGGGAAAAGGCUGAGCUAGAGCGCUUGUCCCAGAUGCCAGCCUGGAAGCGGGGACUCUUGGAACGCCGCAGGGCCAAGCUUGGGCUGUCCGCUGGAGAACCUAGCUCUGUGCCGGAGACUGUAGAGGCUGGACCGCCAGACCGGGACGAGUCAGCUGUCCUCCUGGAGGCCAUUGGGCCAGUGCACCAGAACCGAUUCAUUAGGCAGGAGCGGCAGCAGCGGAGUGAAGAGUUUCUUAUAGAGAGAAGGCCUGGGCCACUCGAGGCAAGGGAGCGAAGACCCAGCCCUGGGGAGACUCAGGAUCAGAGCCCCAAGGGACAAGAGUUAAAAGAAGAGAGGCUCAGUCUUUGGGAGACAGCAGAGAAGAGCCUGGGUAUAGGCAGAGCCCGAGAGUCUAGCCCCAGACCGUUAGAGGCUCGGAACUGGAGGCCAUUGCCGAAAGAACUAGGAGACUGGAGCUCCGGACAGUCAGAGACACGGAAAUGGAGGCCGAGCCCUGGAGAGACUCCAGAGUGGAGUGUGAGACUGGCAGAACCUCAAGAACAAAGUCCCAGGAGGACAGAGGUGAUGGAAAGUAGACUGAGCCCAGGGGAGUCGGGUACCCAGAAGACAGGCCUGACUGAGGCCCAUAAAUGGAGGCCUGACUGUGGAGAGUAUCAGGAACAGAGUUCAGUACAGCUGGGGACAUCGCAGUGGAGGCCAAGUUCAGGAGAGGAAAGCAAAGACUUCUUGGAAGAAUGUGGGAAAAGAAAAGAGAGACCAAUUCCAGGACUGGCUUCAAAAGAGAUUACAGAGCUAUCAGAGACCCUGACCAGGGAGGCCCAAGACAACAGCACCGGAGAAGUGGAGACAGCAAAGCAGAGGUCCAACCUAGAGGAGGAGAGUGAGAGGGGCUUGAGGCUGACCGAAGGGUGGAAAUGGACCCUGAAUUCUGGGAAGGUGCGAGAAUGGACACCCAGGGACAUAGAGACUCAAAAUCAGAAACCAGACCCUUCUAGGUCUUCAGAGAAUCAACUGGGGCCUCCUGGGGUAGCGUCUGGAGAAGCGGAGGCUGAGGAGGAGGAGGCAGGGGUUCAGGGCAGUCCUCUGAGCGCCCUGCAGAACCGCUACUCUGUGCCCUCCCCCAUUCCACCAGAGGACGCUGGGACCGGAGGCCCUCGACUACAGGAAGAGGAAGCAGUGGAACUCCGGCCCCCACCACCAGCCCCUCUGUCUCCCCAACCCCCAGCCCCACCUGUCCCCCAGUCCCCUGGGGAUCCCCUCAUGAGCCGUCUCUUCUAUGGGGUGAAGGCAGGGCCAGGGGUAGGGGGGCCCCGCCGCAGCGGACACACCUUCACCGUCAACCCCCGGCGGUUUGUGCCCCCUGUAGCCCCAGACACUCCAGCUGGCCCUACCACAGCUGAUGUUGCAGUCCCGGGGACUGGGAAGAAGCGGUACCCGACUGCCGAAGAGAUUUUGGUUCUGGGGGGCUACCUCCGACUCAGCCGCAGCUGUCUUGUCAAGGGGUCCCCCGAAAAGCACCACAAACAGCUCAAGAUCUCCUUCAGUGAGACAGCCCUAGAGACAACGUACCAGUACCCUUCUGAGAGCUCUGUGCUGGAGGAGCUGGGGCCAGAGCCAGAGCCCCCCAGUGCCCCCCACCCCCCAUCAGCCCAGCCAGAUGAGGAGGAGGAUGAGGAGGAGCUGCUGCUUCUGCAAAGGGAACUCCAGGGCGGGCUCCGCACGAAGGCCCUGAUAGUGGAUGAGUCCUGCCGGAGGUGA